AUGCUAGGUUUCACAGCUAAGGUGACCACCAUGGUGUCUUCCUCAGGAUUUGAUGCUACCAGAACCACUCCCUCACCAACUGAAUCACCUUCACCUGGUUUCACAUCUACGAUGGCCACCGCUCUGUCUUUGUCAGUGUAUACAACAGGACCUGAUACUACCAGAACCACCCCCUCACCAACUGAAUCACCUUCACCUGGUACAGUGACUACCAUGGUGUCUUCUACUGUCCGAUCAGACAUUUCUAUGAAGAUUCCUGUUUCAGUCACUCCUACCUACUUCCUUGAUCAGGACUCUGUUACCAUCAUCAUCACUUACAAUUACUGUGUGGAGCUCUAA